CGCGGGUUAGACCUCAGUCAUACCGUGUGUCCCGGGCGCCGCCGGCGGAUUCUCCUCAGGACACGGUUUGAGCUGCGCUUGGAGCCCGAGGCCGGACUUGCAGCCAUGGCGCAGAUCUUACCUAUCCGCUUCCAGGAGCACUUUCAGCUUCAGAAUCUGGGAAUCAAUCCAGCCAACAUAGGCUUCAGCACUCUAACCAUGGAGUCUGAUAAGUUUAUCUGUAUUCGGGAGAAGGUCGGGGAACAGGCUCAGGUGGUUAUCAUUGAUAUGGCAGAUGCAAACACUCCACUGAGACGUCCAAUAUCUGCUGAAAGUGCCAUCAUGAAUCCAGCCUCCAAAGUCAUCGCUCUGAAAGCGGGAAAAACCCUACAAAUCUUUAACAUUGAGAUGAAGAGUAAGAUGAAGGCUCACACCAUGUCUGAGGAGGUUAUCUUUUGGAAGUGGAUAUCUGUCAACACAGUGGCUCUGGUGACUGAGACAGCGGUUUAUCAUUGGAGCAUGGAAGGAGACUCGCAACCACAGAAAAUGUUUGAUCGUCAUGCAAGUCUUGCUGGCUGUCAGAUCAUCAACUACAGGACAGAUGAGCAACAGAAGUGGCUUCUUCUGAUUGGCAUCUCUGCCCAGCAAAACCGCGUGGUGGGUGCAAUGCAGCUGUAUUCUGUGGACAGGAAGGUCUCACAGCCCAUUGAGGGCCACGCUGCAGCUUUUGCGGAAUUUAAAAUUGAAAGAAAUACAAAGCCCUCAACUCUUUUCUGCUUUGCUGUUCGUGGUCAGGCAGGUGGCAAGCUGCACAUUAUAGAGGUUGGACAACCUGCCAAUGGAAACCAGCCUUUUACAAAGAAAGCUGUGGAUGUCUUCUUUCCUCCUGAAGCUCAGACGGACUUCCCUGUGGCUAUGCAGAUUGGAGCUAAACAUGGUGUGAUCUAUCUCAUCACAAAAUAUGGCUACAUCCACUUGUAUGAUCUUGAGUCUGGUGCCUGCAUUUACAUGAACCGUAUCAGUGCUGAUACCAUCUUUGUUACUGCUCCUUAUGAACCUACGUCUGGAAUCAUUGGUGUGAAUAAGAAAGGACAAGUACUAUCGGUUUGUGUGGAAGAAGACAACAUUGUCAACUAUGCUACAAAUGUCCUACAGAACCCUGACCUGGGACUGCGUAUGGCUGUCAGAAGCAACUUAGCAGGUGCUGAAGAGCUUUUUGCACGGAAGUUUAACACUUUGUUUGCUCAAGGGAAUUAUUCUGAAUCUGCUAAGGUGGCUGCCUCUGCUCCAAAGGGAAUCCUUCGUACUGCAGAGACUAUCAGGAAGUUCCAGAGUGUACCUGCUCAACCUGGGCAAGCUUCCCCUUUGCUUCAGUAUUUUGGGAUUCUGUUAGAUCUGGGUCAACUGAACAAGUUUGAGUCUCUAGAACUUUGCAGGCCGGUCCUGCAGCAAGGGCGCAAGCAGCUCUUGGAAAAGUGGUUGAAAGAAGAUAAGCUGGAGUGCUCUGAAGAGCUGGGAGACUUGGUUAAGGCUGUGGACCCAACGCUUGCGCUUAGUGUUUAUCUGCGUGCUAGUGUGCCAAACAAAGUCAUUCAGUGCUUUGCAGAAACCGGCCAGUUCCAGAAGAUUGUCCUUUAUGCCAAGAAAGUUGGUUACACCCCAGAUUGGAUCUUUUUACUUCGGAGUGUUAUGAGGAUCAGCCCAGAUCAGGGUCUACAAUUCUCUCAGAUGCUUGUACAGGAUGAGGAGCCACUGGCUAAUAUUAACCAGAUUGUGGAUGUCUUCAUGGAAAACAGCCUUAUACAGCAAUGCACGUCAUUCCUGCUUGAUGCGUUGAAGAACAAUAGACCCGCAGAGGGCCAUCUGCAGACUCGCCUCCUGGAGAUGAAUCUGAUUCAUGCUCCACAGGUUGCAGAUGCAAUACUUGGUAACCAAAUGUUUACUCAUUAUGACCGGGCUCACAUUGCCCAGCUGUGUGAGAAAGCAGGACUGCUGCAGAGAGCUCUGGAGCAUUAUACAGACUUGUAUGAUAUCAAGCGGGCCGUGGUACACACACACCUUCUAAACCCAGAGUGGCUGGUGAAUUUCUUUGGCUCUUUGUCGGUGGAAGAUUCAGUGGAGUGUUUGCGAGCUAUGCUGUCUGCCAACAUCCGGCAGAACCUACAACUCUGUGUCCAGGUGGCAUCCAAGUACCAUGAACAAUUGGGCACUGAGGCAUUGGUUGAGCUGUUUGAGUAUUUUAAGAGUUAUGAAGGGCUUUUCUAUUUUCUGGGAUCCAUUGUCAAUUUCAGCCAAGACCCCGAUGUGCAUUUCAAAUAUAUCCAGGCAGCUUGUAAGACCGGGCAGAUAAAGGAAGUUGAGCGAAUAUGUAGGGAAAGCAACUGUUACAACCCUGAACGUGUCAAGAACUUUCUCAAGGAGGCCAAACUUACAGACCAGCUUCCACUGAUAAUUGUGUGUGACCGAUUUGACUUCGUCCAUGACCUGGUGUUAUAUCUGUACCGAAACAACCUCCAGAAGUACAUUGAAAUUUACGUGCAAAAGGUUAAUCCCAGUCGCAUCCCAGCAGUGGUGGGAGGCUUGUUAGAUGUGGACUGCUCAGAAGAUGUGAUUAAGAAUCUCAUCAUGGUUGUACAUGGGCAAUUUUCCACUGAUGAACUUGUAGCCGAAGUAGAGAAAAGAAACAGGUUAAAGCUGCUAUUACCAUGGCUGGAAUCCAGAAUCCACGAAGGAUGCGAGGAACCUGCGACACACAAUGCUCUGGCCAAGAUCUAUAUAGACAGCAACAACAACCCGGAACGCUUCCUGCGGGAAAACCCUUUUUAUGACAGCUGUGUGGUGGGCAAGUACUGUGAAAAGAGGGACCCGCACCUUGCCUGCGUAGCCUAUGAGAGGGGCCAGUGUGACUUGGAGCUAAUUAAGGUGUGCAAUGAGAACUCCCUAUUCAAGAGUGAAGGUCGGUACCUCGUGCGGAGAAAAGAUGCAGAUCUGUGGGCCAGUGUGCUGGAGGAAAACAACCCAUUCAGGCGACAGCUGAUAGAUCAAGUUGUCCAGACUGCUUUAUCAGAAACUCAGGAUCCAGAAGAAGUGUCGGUGACUGUGAAGGCUUUCAUGACUGCGGAUCUCCCAAAUGAGCUCAUUGAACUUUUGGAGAAGAUUGUGCUGGACAGCUCUGUCUUUAGUGAGCACAGAAAUCUGCAAAAUCUGCUCAUACUGACAGCCAUUAAAGCUGACCGUACAAGAGUAAUGGAAUAUAUCAAUCGUUUGGAUAACUAUGAUGCACCAGACAUCGCUAAUAUUGCCAUUAGCAACCAGCUCUUUGAGGAGGCCUUUGCCAUAUUUAGGAAAUUUGAUGUAAAUACAUCUGCCAUCCAGGUCUUAAUUGAGCACAUUGGAAAUCUGGACCGUGCUUAUGAAUUUGCAGAGAGAUGCAAUGAACCUGCUGUAUGGAGUCAGCUAGGCAGAGCUCAGUUACAGAAGGACUUGGUAAAGGAAGCUAUCGACUCCUACAUUAAAGCUGAUGACCCCUCUGCUUACAUGGAAGUUGUGCAAGCAGCAAGCAAAAACAGUAACUGGGAGGACCUGGUAAAGUUCUUACAGAUGGCACGGAAAAAGGCUAGAGAGUCCUAUGUUGAAACGGAGCUCAUAUUUGCUUUGGCUAAAACAAAUCGCUUAUCAGAGCUAGAAGAAUUUGUCAGUGGUCCUAACAAUGCACAUAUACAGCAGGUGGGAGAUCGCUGUUACGAUGAGGGCAUGUAUGAUGCAGCCAAACUUCUUUAUAACAACGUGUCAAAUUUUGCUCGGUUGGCAUCCACUUUAGUGCACCUGGGGGAGUAUCAGGCUGCGGUGGAUAGUGCCCGAAAGGCCAAUAGCACCCGCACAUGGAAAGAAGUUUGCUUUGCUUGUGUGGAUGGCACAGAGUUUCGCCUGGCACAAAUGUGUGGUCUGCAUAUAGUGAUCCAUGCUGAUGAGCUGGAGGAACUUAUCAGCUAUUACCAGGAUCGGGGAUAUUUUGAAGAGCUCAUUUCUCUCCUGGAAGCCGCCCUGGGCUUGGAGCGUGCUCAUAUGGGCAUGUUCACAGAGCUUGCCAUUCUAUACUCCAAGUUUAAACCUCAGAAAAUGCGUGAACAUUUAGAAUUAUUCUGGUCCAGAGUCAACAUCCCCAAGGUCUUGCGUGCAGCGGAACAGGCCCAUCUGUGGGGUGAAUUAGUCUUCCUUUAUGAUAAGUAUGAAGAGUAUGAUAAUGCCAUUAUCACCAUGAUGAGCCAUCCUACCACCGCUUGGAAAGAAGGUCAAUUUAAAGACAUUGUCACCAAGGUAGCCAAUGUGGAAUUAUAUUACAGAGCACUCCAGUUCUACUUGGAGUACAAACCUCUUCUGAUGAACGACCUUCUCCUUGUCCUGUCUCCACGUUUGGAUCACACGCGAACAGUCAACUAUUUUUCCAAGAUGAACCAGUUACCCCUUGUUAAACCAUACUUGCGCUCUGUUCAAAAUCACAACAACAAGUCAGUAAAUGAGGCUCUCAACAACUUGCUGACAGAGGAGGAAGAUUACCAGGGUUUGAGGGCAUCCAUUGAUGCAUAUGAUAACUUUGAUAAUAUCAGCCUGGCACAACGUUUGGAGAGACACGAGUUGAUUGAGUUCCGCAGGAUUGCUGCCUAUCUGUACAAGGGAAAUAACCGCUGGAAGCAGAGUGUGGAGCUGUGUAAGAAGGACCGCUUGUAUAAGGAUGCAAUGUUAUAUGCUGGGGAGUCUAAAGAUACAGAACUGGCAGAGAAGCUCCUUCAGUGGUUCCUUGAGGAGGGAAAGCAGGAGUGCUUUGCAGCGACACUCUUCACCUGCUAUGACCUUCUGCAUCCAGACAUUGUAUUAGAGUUGGCCUGGAGACACAAUAUCAUGGAGUUUGCCAUGCCUUAUUUUAUCCAAGUCAUGAGAGAGUAUUUAACCAAAGUAGACAAACUCCAUGCUGCAGAGAGUUUGAGAAAGGAAGAAGAGCAAGUAACAGAGCCCACUCCAAUAGUAUUUGGUCAACAACUGAUGCUUACCGCAGGUCCUAGUGGUGUGGUGCCACCGCAGCCAGGCUUCGCGUAUGGAUAUACAGCACCACCAACAUUCACUCCACCUCCCCCUUCUGUUUCUCCUGGCUAUGGGUUCAACAUGUAAUAAGCAGUAUUCUUCCUUUUCCACAUGGAAUUCACCUGGAGGAACAGUUUAGCCCACACUUCAGGAGAUGACUGUAGUUCAUCUUGGACACCUUUAUUUAUUACAUUUGCUCUACAGACUUCACUGGGGCAGGCAGCUUUUCAGCCAUUCACUACCAUAGUUCAUGAAAUUGUUUUAUUUUUUUUUCUGUAUGAAGGGAAUGGCCUGACGCUUAUGUGUCCCUACUGGUUUAAUGACUAUUACUUGUGCUAACGGAGCAACCAUUACGUACUGUAUAUCGC